GUUCUCAGGUUGUUAGAGAGUUCCUUGCUCAACGCAGAAAUGAAGGAAGGAGAGAUUCUGCCUCCUACCAUUCAGAGGCUGAUGAAAGGAUACAACAAGUACCUUAGGCCUUUCUUUGACAAUGGUCCUGUAACAGUAGGUAUGAGCCUGGACAUUGCCAGCAUUGACACCAUCUCAGAGAUCAACAUGGACUACACUGCCACCAUAUUCCUCCGCCAGCGCUGGACGGACGAGCGCUUGGUGUUUGAGGGCAACAAGAGCCUGAGCCUUGAUGGGCGGCUAGUGGAGCUGCUCUGGGUCCCUGACACCUUCAUCGUUGACUCCAAGAAGUCCUUCCUCCAUGACAUCACCGUGGAGAACAGGCUGAUCCGUAUCUUCCCCAACGGGACCGUCCUUUAUGCACUGAGGAUUACCACCACCGUGGCUUGCAACAUGGAUCUGACCAAGUACCCCAUGGACAAACAGACCUGCACACUACAACUGGAGAGCUGGGGUUACAACAUCAAUGAUGUCAUGUUUUACUGGACCAGAGGAAAUGAGUCUGUCAGUGGUUUAGACACUCUCCAGCUGGCUCAGUACACAGUAGAGGACCACUAUACAUCUGUCUCAGAGGCCGUUUAUGAAACAGGCAAUUACCCCAAGCUGGUCUUCCACUUUGAGCUGAAGAGGAGCAUUCUGUACUUCAUCCUAGAGACUUACGUCCCCUCGAGCCUGCUUGUUGUCCUCUCAUGGGUUUCUUUCUGGAUUUCCCUGUCCUCUGUUCCAGCACGAAUUUGUAUAGGAGUGACCACAGUACUGACCAUGACCACUCUGAUGAUGGGAGCCCGGACGUCGCUGCCCAAUGCCAACUGCUUCAUCAAGGCCAUUGAUGUUUACUUGGGAAUCUGCUUCAGCUUUAUCUUUGGAGCGCUCAUUGAGUACGCCGUGGCCCACUUCUGCACCCUCACUCACGCCGACGCACACAUGCUCAUGUACGGCCAUCACAUGCACGACUUUGACGACGAAAUGAACGGCAUCCUCACCACCAUCUCCAGACACUCCAACAGGGCCAAGAGACGCAAGGAGACUGCCGCAGCUACUUCCCCAUCUCCCGCCUCCCUAGAACUCACUGUCAGCCCUUCCAGCCCCUCGGGCAGUGAGCCUAAGCCCGAGGCAUCACCUCCGGAGUCCACCAACUGGUGCCUCACUGUUCUGGUCACCCUCCGCAGAGUACUCCGCUCCAUAAAUUGCUGUCACGUGGAGAACCCCCACCACAUAGACAACUACUCCAGAGUCACUUUCCCCCUCUCUUUUGUCAUGGUUAACCUUCUCUACUGGACAUAUUAUCUGUACUUUUAGCAUUCGCUCAAGUGCAGCAUGUACAACAUUUAGAGGGAAAUACGAAA